UGGCUGAAAAAUAAGAGAACUUUCGUAACAUGUCGCGAGGGACUGUCACUAUCAUUAAGCGAUGAAGUCUGUACGCUUGAUGCACGCCCUGUGCAGGCGUGUCCAGCACACAUUCCUGGCCAGACGCAGAGAUGUGGAACAGCGACGGCACUACGCCGAGAAAUGUGACUCGGUGAUCAAAGGCGUUGUGGUGGGCGUGUACGCCAAGGAGGUCGACCGCCAGCCCAAGAUGACACCAUCCGGCGAGAAGUUUGACGAUCGCGUCCAGGGUAAGAUCACUGAUCUCAUACGCGAGACGGGCCUGAGUGGCCAGCUGGGAAAAGGCCGUGUCUUCAUGAACGUGGAUGCGGAGUUCCGUGCGGUGGCCGUGGUCGGCGUGGGACAGGAGGGGGCCGGCUUCAACGACCUGGAGAUGACCGACGAGGGAAUGGAGAACGCUCGCGUCGCUGCCGGCGUGGGGGCUCGUUCCCUUCAACUGCAGGGCUGCACAGAUGUCUUCGUGAAGUCGAUGGAGUAUGCGGAGCAGGCGGCCGAGGGGAGCGCCUUGGCCGUCUGGCGCUACAACACCAACAAGCGCCGUCGGGACCGCACACUCAUUCCCAAACUGGAGCUGUACGACUCUCCCGACUCGGAUGCCUGGAUGCGGGGCCUGUUCAAGGCCGAAUCGCAGAACCUGGCCCGUCGCCUGGCCGAUACGCCGGCCAAUCAGAUGACGCCCACAAUCUUCGCCCAGUCAACGGUGGAUGCCCUGUGCCCCUGCGGGGUAUCUGUGGAGGUACGCAGCAUGGAUCGAGUCCAAGAGCUUGAACAGCUUCUUGAUGGUGGCCAAGGGCAGCUGCGGGCCGCCGAUCACCUUGGAAAUCGCCUACUGCGGCACCGCACCCGAGGACAAGCCCAUCCUCCUGCUGGGCAAGGGCAUCACAUUCAACAGCGGAGGCCUCUGCCUCCGUCCCAAGGACUGCUUGUCCAUGUACCGCGGCUGCAUGUCCGGUGCAGCCGCCUGCGUGGGCGUCAUCCGAGCCGCCGCUGCGCUAUCGCUGCCCCUAAACAUAACGGCACUGCUGCCGCUGUACGAGAAUAUGCCCUCCGGAAUGGCGGCCAAGCCUGGCGACGUGGUGUCCCUCCUCAAUGGCAAAACUCUCGGCUUCGUGGACGUCAGCAAGGCUGGUGUGAUGGCCAUGGCCGAUCCCUUGCUCUACGCCCAGACGAUCUACAAGCCGCGCAUGGUCGUGCACAUUGCUACAGUGGGCUACGCCGUCUGCCCAGCGCUGGGCGGAGCAGCAGCCGGGAUUUUCAGCAAUUCGAACUUCGUCUACAAGCAGUUCGAGAAUGCCGGUGCCCUUAAGGGGGAUCGCGUUUGGCGUCUGCCCCUGUGGCGCUACUUCAAGGAGCUGAUCAAGCCGAACG